GACAUUUUUUCGUAGUCCGUAAACAGUUGAGCAUAAACCGGCAAGAUGAGCGCAACUAAAUCGGCGGCGGUUGUUGCAACGCUUUCUGCGUCUACGAAAGCUUCAUACAAAACCCUAAUACUGGAACAACGUGAAAACAUACUCUGCAUAACAAUCAAUCGCCCGCAAGUGCGGAAUGCACUCGAUCGCCAUGCGCUUUACGAGAUUAUGCGCGCUCUCCACUAUGCGAAAAGCGUCGACACAAUAACAAUGGUUGUUUUGACUGGAGUGGGUGAUGUGUUUUGUGCGGGCAGUGACCUCUCACAAAUCGAACGAUACAACGAUCCACAUGAAUAUUUUAAGGGUGCCAAUUGGGUGUUACGAUUUUUUUUGACGACAUUUGUAUUUUUCCCGAAACUAUUAGUGGCAGUUGUUAAUGGACCUUGUAUUGGUACUGGUUUCACAAUCUGUGGGCUUUGUGAUAUUGUUUAUUGUACUGAGAGAGCUUAUUUUGAAGCACCUUUCUCGAAACUCGGAAUUUGUCCUGAACUUGGUUCAUCAUAUUUGUUUCCAAUGAUUUUGGGACGUGCCAAAGCAACAGAUGUGCUUGUUUUUGGAGAGAAGUUGACAGCACAAGAAGCAUUACAGUUUAAUUUCGUAGCUGGUGUUUAUAAGAGAAAUGAAGUGAAUGAGUUACUUUGGCCCAAAUUAUUGCAACAUUCUAAAUUGCCAAAGGAGUCUUUGAGAAUCUCUAAGAAACUGUUAAGAGUACCGGAUAGAGAGGCUGUGCUUAAAGCAGCGGCGGUAGAAUUUGAAGAAUUACGAAGCUUACGGUAUGGUGAGGUCUAUCUGAAAGCAAUCGAACGUUUCCUCAAAAAGAAUAAGAACAGUAAAUUGUGAUAAGAUAAUGGAACUUAUUUUUAAUCUAAUUUUGCGUAGUGAAAACUAGCGCGAAUAGAUACUUUUAUCUGUGUUUAAUUAGAUGCGUAAACAUAAUAAACAUGAAAUGAAAAGCAAACAUGUUUUGUGCCCAAAUGAAAGAGAAUUUUAUAAUCGUUGAGAUAAUAUGGGACCACCUACAUAUGAGUUUAGAUAUAAAUGUGUGUAAUUUGUUAAAACUAGUUUGUUUAUUGUAUAUAUGUAAUUAUUUUAAUAUUU